CCUCAAUAAACAACUGCGCUGUUCUGACCUCCGGCUCUCACAUCCCGCUCAGCAUCAACCCUUUUGGCGUCUCUCUCACGCCUUCCCAUCCCAUCAUGUCAGCAGACGAGGGCUCGCCCCCGGCGUCCAUCCACGAGGAGAAACAGGAUGACGCGCCCGAGGACAAGGAACUAGGUGAUUACGAUGUACAAGCAGCUGCCGACUCAGACAAAGACGCCUCCGACGGAGCCCACUCAGAAGACGACGACCUAUCAGAAAUCGAUGAGGAUCAAUUCGGCGACUACGAUCCCGCAGCCGCUCGUAUCGAGGAGAAGCCCGUAGAGAUCGACGAGGAUGUAGCUCGAACUCUUAAAGCCGGCAAGCGCAAGGGUUUGGCCACCAAGAAGCCCAAGGAGGGCAGGAGAGACAAGAAAAAGCGCAGACGCGACGACGAGGACAACGAUGGUGCAGAUGGCGAGAUCUUGAGUGGGAAGCGUUCUAGGAAAGCAGGCGGUGCAACAUCCAGCAAGAGGCCUUCACCCGAGCUUGUCGACGAGAGCACUCUGACACCCGAGGAGAGACGACGUCGAGCCAUAGAGAGAGCUGCUACUGGCGAGACAAAGACCAAGGUCAAGCGCAAGAAGAAGGACGAAGUUGAUCUCGAGGCCGAGCUUGACGAGCAAAUCGCCACUCUCAAAACCGCCAUGGAAAACGCUUGUCGAGACGACAACAAUGCUCGCCAACAGGGCCAGCCCGCCCUCCACAAGUUGAAGUUGCUUCCCGAGGUCAUGAGCCUUCUCAACCGAAACAACCAGCAAUCUGCCAUUGUAGAUCCCGAUGCCAACUUUCUUGAGUCGGUCAAAUUCUUUCUCGAGCCCCUGAGCGAUGGUUCGCUGCCGGCCUACAAUAUCCAGCGUGACAUCUUUCAGGCCUUGCAGCGUCUUCCCAUCGAGAAGGAGACAUUGAUGGCAAGCGGCAUCGGCAAGAUCGUUCUGUUCUACACCAAGAGCAAGAAGGCCGUGCCGACUGUCAAACGCUUGGCUGAACAGCUACUGGGCGAAUGGAGCAGACCAAUCCUCAGGAAGACCCAUGACUACAAGCAGCGCCAGGUUGAGACUCGGGAUUUCGAUUACCAGGCCGCCAAACUCAAGCAAGUCGUUGGCUCUUCCCAGUACACCCUCACCCAACGCCCUGUUGCUUCGCAGCAGUCACUACGUGAUGCAGAGCGAGCCCGUAUGUUGGCUCCUGUUAACCUCAGCAAUCGCGCUCGUGUCAGCGGCCUUCCAGCUGCCUACACGGUUGCUCCCAAGAGCACCUUCGAGCCUUCGCGGGACGGAUCCCAUCGACCUAUUGGUUCGAGCGGUGUUGAAGCUUUCCGCAAGAUGACACAGAAAGGAAAGAGGGGCUAGGCGCGCUCUCACUGAGCUUGGUUGGAUCAUUAGCAUGGAAGGUCGAAGGCGUUUGGCGUUGGGUUUUGUGGCCUUGAUUGAGGAAGUGCAACCAAAUACUGAGGGUGUAGUGUCUAGGCGGCCGGGGUGGAGUUUAUCGCACUCUGUCUAUGGACUCACAUUGUCGCCAGUAAACAUCAGUAG